AUGCAUAGUCGGCUAGUAAUACCCCUGCCGAAAGGCCUUAUGUGUGAGCAAUCGGGACCUAGAAUGGUCACCACAUACACCAUCGCGGAUCUCUCGAAGGACGUAGUCCUCUUGUUCGGUGGUGAUGCAUUUCAUAUACGGCAUGGUAUAGCCGCAUUUGUAGAGGAUGUCGUUGAUGACUGUAUAUCUUGCCGAUCGAUACUGCAGUUUCCAAGCCUAGGACUUGCCGAAGCUAAUCGUGCCAGCACAUUGGCGUGA